CGCCUCCUCCCCCUCGGCUCGCCUCGAUGGAGAAGGCGCUGCGGAAGCUGAAGCCCAGGGAGAGCCCGCGGGCGGCGUGCUGGUACUCCCUUGCCUUAUUUGGGAAGGGUCCCUGUGCUCGCGUGGGCCAAAACUCUCUAUAUCUGCCUCCUUUGGAGCCGGGCAGCAGAAAUGGGAAGGUGGUUAUCAUUGCAGGAGCAAAUCCAAGUGGAAGUUUUGCUGACUCCUAUUUUAUUGAUCUUGAUGCUAAUUGCUGGACAGCGCCUGGCUGGGUAGGUCUCUUGUCACGGUACGAACACGCUGCCUUUGUUCCCGCAAGCCGGUCCAACACCCUCUGGGUAUACGGAGGAGCGUGCGAAUCUGGCAACAGGGACUGCGUGCAAGUUCUGGAUCUCGAAACUGGGUCGUGGGAGAAAACAAAUGUGAUUGGCGAUCCACCAAGCCCUCGCACAUUUCACACCUCCUCAGCGGCAAUUGGGGACCAGUUAUAUGUAUUUGGAGGAGGGGACAAAGGAGUAGAUCCUGUCAAAGACCAGCAACUUCAUAUAUUUGACUCAGCCACCUUCACAUGGUUGCAGCCAGAGGUACGUGGCCAGCCUCCUGCACCCCGGCACGGGCACGUGGUGGUGGCUGUCGAGAACUGGCUGUUUGUGCAUGGCGGCUUGGCGGGCGACACGUUUUAUGACGACCUGUUCUCCAUUGACACAAAGGACCUGAAAUGGGAGAUGUUGUCUACCUCUGGAUCCAUCCCAGGAGGACGAGCGGCCCACUCAGCAGUGGCUUUCCAGGGUCACAUCUACAUCUUUGGAGGGAUGGACCCAACGGGCGAACUCAACACGAUGUAUAAAUAUCACAUAGAACAAGCUCAUUGGACACGGUUAGAGUUCAACGCUCCUUUGCCUUCUGGCCGGCUGGACCACUCCAUGUGCAUUAUUCCUUGGGAAACCUCUGGAGGGGAUACCCACAAUCCCAAAGGAACACAAGAACCUGCACAAGGGGAGGGGCCGAGGCAAGGCCGGCAAGCAGAGCGGCUGGUUCAUCUCUGCUUGGUAUUUGGGGGCAUGAAUAUUAAAGGGGAACUGUACAAUGACUGUAUCGUAAGCGUGCUAGAAUAA